GCUGCUUGGCUGCUCUCCGCCCCGCCCACGCCCUCUGCCACCGGCUGCGCGCUACUGGGGUUGGGAGCCGGGGGCGGCGGAGCAGCCGGGCUGGGCCAUCGGAAGGCGGCGUCGGGGAGAAGCCCUGGCCCGGGAAAGAAGGGCGAGACGCGCCUCGGAACUUCACGCCGCUCCCGCCCCGGGGGGAGCCGGACUUUCGUCACAGCGUCCGGGCUGAUUCAUCCGAUCCAGCAUGGCCGAUAUUGAGAAGAAUGGAAACAGCCGCUCUAGCACCAGCAGCAGCCGCCUGCAGAGCAAAAAACCCCCCAACCUCUCCAUCACUAUUCCCCCUACGGAAGCAGAGGCCGAAGACAGCCAAACUGUGCCUCUGCAAAAGAACCCAGUCUAUCAAAAGAGCGUGAGCCUCCAAGAGCCCAGAAUGAAAUGGCAGGACAGCAACUUCGAAAGACAUCCUGGCUUCCACCGGCAAACUUCACUGACCCAGAGCAUUCGCAAAGGGACAGCCCAGUGGUUUGGAGUCAGCGGUGACUGGGAGGGAAAGCGGCAGCACUGGCAGCGCAAAAGCCUGCAGCACUGCAGCCUACGGUAUGGAAAACUCAAAGCUGCCUACCGAGAAAUGGAGCUGUCCAGCCAAGAAGUGCCUUCCUUCCAAGCCACGGAGUCCCCCAAGCCAUGCAAGAUGCCUAAGAUUGUGGACCCUUUGGCCCGAGGCCGUCCCUUCCGGCACCCGGAUGAGGUGGAUCGCCCUCGCACCCCACAUCCUGUCCUGCCCCCAUUGACCCCUGGCGUCGUCUCCUUGACAUCCUUCAGCAGCAUACGAUCUGGUGGCGCCCGUGUGCCCCGCAGAAAAAGAGAAUCUGUUGCCCAUAUGAGUUUCAAGGCAGCUGCAGCAUUAAUCAGAGGUCGUUCAGUUCUGGAGCCCUCCAUGCCAAAGCGAAGAGGCAAUAAACGGAGCUUUAUGUAUCCCAGUUUCCUGGAUGACGACAUGGUGGAUGGCAUGGAAACGUUUGACUCCUCUUUCUUCAGUAAGGCAAAGAUGUGUUCCAUGCCAGAUGAUGUGUUUGAAUCUCCACCCCUCUCUGCUACGUAUUUCCGAGGACUCCCCCACCCAGAAGAAAGCAAAUCACCUGAGGCUGAGCAGCCGCUUAAGCAUUUAGCAGCCACCAAAGUCCUGCCAUUGCCAGUAGCUGCCCCAAAGAGAGGCACACGGAUUGCUUCUAAAGUGAAACAUUUUGCCUUUGAUCGCAAGAAGCGUUACUAUGGUCUGGGAGUGGUGGGCAAGUGGCUGAACAGGACAUAUCGCCGGAGCAUCAGCAGUGUGGUGCGGUCUCAGUUGGAGAUCACGGACAGCCAUAGGCCCUAUUUCACCUACUGGAUCACCUUUGUCCAUAUCAUCAUCACCCUGCUGAUCAUUUGCACGUAUGGGAUCGCUCCAGUUGGCUUUGCCCAGCACCUGACAACAGCGCUCGUACUGAGGAACAAAGGUGUUUAUGAGAGUGUGAAGUACAUCCAGCAAGAGAACUUCUGGAUCGGCCCAAGUUCGAUUGACUUGAUCCACCUAGGAGCCAAGUUUUCCCCCUGCAUAAGGAAGGAUCUACAGAUUGAGAAGCUGAUCCAGAAGGAGAGAGACAAAGAGCGCAAGUCAGGCUGCUGUGUCCAGAACGACAAUUCUGGCUGUGUUCAGACACUGCAAGAAGACUGCUCGGAAACAUUAGCCACUUUUGUAAAGUGGCCCGAUUAUAACCCACCAGAUGUUGACCCCAGCAAUUCCAGUGUAAAAAGGUCAUCAGGAGCAGUGUGCCAUCAAGAUCCCAGGACUUGUGAGGAACCAGCUUCUAAUCGACCUCAUGUAUGGCCUGAUGAUAUCACCAAGUGGCCGAUCUGUACAUACCAGGCCAAAAAUAACCAUACUGGUUUUUUGCAUAUGGACUGUGACAUUAAAGGAAGGCCAUGCUGUAUUGGGACCAAAGGAAGCUGCGAGAUCACCACUCGAGAAUACUGCGAAUUCAUGCACGGCUACUUCCAUGAAGAAGCAACUCUCUGUUCGCAGGUUCACUGCAUGGAUGAGGUGUGUGGCCUGUUGCCAUUCCUGAACCCAGAGGUCCCUGAUCAGUUCUACAGACUCUGGUUGUCCUUGUUCCUUCAUGCAGGAAUUAUCCAUUGCCUGGUGUCAGUGAUCUUUCAGAUGACGGUUCUCAGGGAUUUGGAGAAGCUGGCAGGCUGGCAUAGAAUCACUAUCAUUUUCAUUCUUAGUGGCAUCACAGGCAAUCUCGCAAGUGCCAUCUUCCUUCCAUACAGGGCUGAGGUUGGUCCAGCAGGAUCCCAGUUUGGUUUGUUAGCCUGCCUUUUUGUGGAACUCUUCCAGAGCUGGCCAGUCCUUGAGAAGCCCUGGAAGGCUUUCCUAAACCUUUCCGGAAUCGUCCUCUUCCUCUUUGUCUGUGGCCUCUUGCCAUGGAUUGACAAUAUUGCACACAUAUUUGGCUUCCUCAGUGGCCUUUUGCUUUCUUUUGCAUUUCUACCCUACAUCACCUUUGGCACCGUGGACAAGUAUCGCAAGAGGGCCAUGAUUAUAGUAUCCCUACUGGUUUUCAUCGGCCUGUUUGCUUCUCUGGUGAUCUGGCUCUAUGUGUACCCUAUUAAUUGGCAUUGGACCGAGUAUCUUACUUGCUUGCCUUUCACCACCAAGUUCUGCGAGAAGUAUGAUUUGGACCAGGUGUUGCACUGAUGGGUGCUGGGAGGCUGGUAAAUGAGCUUGUGGGAAAGGAUUAUAAAUUUGCUGGAUUUUGAGCAACUAGGAAUGGAUAGAUGUCACUUUGGUAAUGAAAAGCAAGGGGCAUCUGUUUCUGGCUUCCCCAUGGAACUUCCCCAUCCCUGAGUUCUGCUCAUGGAGUGGGGUCCUGUUUUUGAGAUGCAUCUCAUCCCCACCCCCCACCCUGAAAAGCUGAAGUGGAAGAACUACAACUUUUGUAAACUUCCUGGAUAUGAGGAACCAUAUAUGUGUCUCAUGUUCCUGCAUAGCAGUUUCUGGGCAUCGAUCAGCUGCUUCUGGGAGGUUUAGCCAUGAAGCGAGAUCAUUUCCCUGUGAUGUCUUGAGCCCCAAAUGGGAUGCAGUCUUUUGGUACUGGAGGCAUUUGCGCUACAGUACAUGGCUGACUACAAUCUCUGCCAAACCUUUGAUGCUCUGACACAUCAGUUUGCAUUACAGUGAAGUACAAUGAACCUGCUGCACCACCUCUGCAUCUUGUGCCUGGUCUAUUUUUGAUGAAAUGGAAAAAAGGCCCAUUGACAUCCUUCAUCUAUGGGGCUGAUAGGAUCCUGUGGGAGGGAGACCUGGUAGGAAGUGACUUAAAAGAGCACCUUAGUCACAAGGUAAUGUCCUGUUGCACUGCCUGUCUCUAUAGGCUUCUUCUUGAAAGCCUCUUUUCUUAUGCAGUUCUGGUCUUUGGUUCCUUUUCUAAUGCCUUUUGGCAGAAGAUGGUGCUUGGACUUCAUGGCAACUUUCCCUCUCUUAGUGCCUUUUUGUGGUACUAUGAAAUGUACUGUGAAAAUACCCCCCCCUUUUUUUUACCAAGGGGAAAGAGUUUUAUAUGCAUUUUUCUUAUAUUCACAAUCUCUGCAUGUGACUAGAGUCGAAUAUUUUUCUGGCAGAGGGUUGGUGCUUUUAAAGAAACCUUGUGCCAUCUGCAAGAAUUGUUGAUAGCUAUUCCAGGCUUUGUAUUCUGUAAGAGAAUGGUCGAGGAUUUUUGUAAAAGCAAAUUUAAAGAUGGCUUGGGAUCACUCUGAAAAAGAGAGAGACCAAAUGGUCAGUCAGGGAGGGGGGGUGUCUAAAUUAAUGAGUUAAAAAAAAAUCUGUGUAAGUUUGAUGCGUGCAGUUUUUUUAAUACAUAAUCAUCUUGUGUAAACCUCUUAUGUGGGGCUGGAAGUAGCUUGCUAUGCAAGUAACCCUGUAAAAGAAAAUUGGUAUAUGUGUGUAAAGCUGCUGUUCUGGUGUCUGGAUGGGGGGAUAUAAAAGAAAAGUGAAUGUGGGAUACAACUUGGGAACUAUUUGGGGGUGGGAAAGCUAAAAAUGUUUUAAAUAAAUAAAUAGCUUGGAGUAAAAAGAGCUUUGACCUGAAUUGAUCAAAGAAAGAUAAGCUAACCCAGCCAUACUUUAUAGGUAUCCUCAGGUACAAUAGCAGUAGGCUGGAGUAUGGUUCACUGGCCUUUUCUAAACUGACCUUGUAGCCCCCAGAUGAACUUCCCUUUCCCACCUGGGUCUUUUCCCAGUGAGCAAAUUGUAAAAAUCUCAGUCUCUUUGCUGUUAUUGGUAACAGCUGGAUCUGACCAGCUUUUCUGCUGGCAAGAAAAGCAGUCUGUUGGCCUUUUGUCUGUGAGGGUCCCCCAAUGCCAGGUAUAUAGCCUCUUCAUGAAUAAAAAUGGGACCUUCCGCCCAUGUUUAUCAGCAGAGAAGUUGGUAGAAUCUAAUUUAGCAUGUAAUUUUCAGUAACCUAUGGGUUCCUGUAAGAGUUCCUUGAGAAUCUAUCCUGAUGUCCAUUUUAAUUUUGCAGCUUUCUGUUAAGAUUAAAAAGUGAAGAGUUUUUGCUUCAGAGCUAUAUCCUACCUAAUUCUGAACAGCUGAAUAUUAAAGAAUGUCUAAUCUCACUGAAAUCUAAUAGACUAAGUUGGGUUCAGCCAUUAAAGCUACCAGUUUUUUGAAUUUCACAAUUUGUAUUGUAGACAAUGGAAAAUGCAUGAGACUGUCUACUUUUACCUGUUCACAUGUGUGUUGUCAUGAUAAUACGCCAGCUGUGUUUGUAUGAGCCCCCAGCCUAAACUCAGGGUUGCCACUCAGCCAAUGCAUUGUAAGUAGUAGUAAAAGCCCCGCAAUACUUUUAAGCUGUCUCACUGAUUAAAUUCCUAGAUGCUUUGCUCCCUCCCCUUCUGGCCUUAUCCUGCACCAUUGCCACAUCUCUUAUCUGCUUCAUGUAGGAUUCAAUCCAGUGCUGAUGCUUCCUUUUGGCUGACUGAUGCAUAGGCUGACCUUGGCAACCUUUUUUCUCCCCUACCCCUUAAAGUCUAAAUCUACCCUAUCUGUGCAAAAUAACUUCCUAGUGGUUGUUUGUAUAAAGGGGGGGGGUGGAAAAUAAAAGCAAGUACCCAUUAGAAAAUACAAAUUUAUUAGUACAACAAAAGAGAUUGCAAAUAAAAUAUGGCAUGCAGAAGGUAUGAAAAUCCUGUGGUGGGUAGUAGGAGCAAGAAAUACUGCCUGUGUGCACGGCUACCUGAAUGAUUCAUGUUACCAUAAACUGUACAAUAUGAAUAAUUUCGUGAACAGAUUGUUCCUAUUUGUUUUGAGAAACAUUUUUUUCUAAUCCCAAAGCUAUUAAUGAAAUCAGUUUCUUUUUUCUGUGCUCCCCUCCCUCCCCACCUGUGACAAAUGAGUCAGCUUGCACUACAGAACAACCAUAUACGAAACUUGAUUUUUGCCAGGACAGACAAAAAGCGAUACUACUUUACAGAGGAAGUAGUUAAAUUAUGGGAUUCACUGUCACUGAAUGUAGUGAUGGCCAUGAGUGUAAGUGACUCUGAAAGGG